GAAGGACGCAAGUGCGUCAUUCGGUAAUUUCCCUCUCGCAACUUAUAGCGCGGUAGCUGAUUUCAGUAGCUAUCAUGAGGACUCUUGGAGUGUGUUUGUGAGCCAGUUGUGCCAUAUAUAAAUUGCUGCUGCCUUUAUAGCUCAUAUAAAAAUCUUAUCUUCUGCACGUUAAAGGCUGCUCUCCUUCAAAAUGAGCGACGAUCCCGAUGCCAUUCCCGAAAGGGAAAUGAAGGACUUUCAGUUUCGACAGAUGAAGAAGGUCCGCGUAUUUGACUCUCCCGAUGAUCUGCCGAAGGAGAGGUCCAGUUUGCUGGCCAUCUCCAACAAGUUCGGACUGACUUUCGUGGGACAGGACACCACGCUAAGGGUGUUUCACACCCGUGAUAUCAUAGCCGCUAACAAGAUUGAAGGCCCCAACGACGAAAUAGUGGAGGGUGUGAAGUCCCUGAGCGUUUCCGUGGACCUGCCCAUACACCACCUGGCCCUGAGCUGCGAUGACCUCACGCUGUCCGUCUGCGGGACGUCCCGCGAUGAGCGCCUCCUGCUGGCCUUCUUCGACAUACGCACCUUCCUCAACAAGGCCCGGCAGGAGAAGCGGCCCUUCGCGUCGCUCUGGCUGUCCCAGGACGCGGGCGCAGCGGUGCAGGACCUGAAGUGGAACCCGGGGCAGGCCUCCGUCCUGGCCGCCUGCCUGUCUGACGGCAGCAUGCUGGUGCUGGAGGUGACGGACAGCGCCACCGUGCAGGCCCAGCUGCCUGCGUCUGCGGGGAUAACCUGCGUGUGCUGGAGUCCAAAGGGUAAACAGGUUGCUGCAGGAAAGCAGAAUGCCACCGUCAUCCAAUAUACUCCUGCCCUGCAGGAAAAGAAAGUCAUUCCCUGCCCUCCGUUCUACACCUCCGACAACUCCGUCAAAGUGCUGGACGUGUUGUGGCUCAGUACCUUUGCCUUCGCCGUUGUCUACGCGGCAGGCGACGGCUCCCCAGAAACGCCCCCUGAACUGGUGGUGGUGUCACUUCCUAAGAAGGACGAGAAGCGGCCCGAGAUGUUCCUGAACUUUAAUGACCCCGUGUACGGCAACAACAUCGAGAGACAGCUCCACUACUUCCUCACUCACAUAGAAGACUGGGACCUUGUUCUAGCGGCUUCCGCGGCUUCUAUUGAGGUCAGCAUCAUCGCCAAGCAGGAGGACAAGACGAACUGGGAGCUGUGGAUCCUGGAGGACGCCAGCCGGGCGGAACUGCCCGUCACCUUGAACAACGACGACACGCUGCCACUAGGGGUCGCUGUGGACUUCACCUGCCAGGAGGAGAUCUACAUCUCGGACGAGAAGACGUUGCCCCCGGCGCCCACCCUGAUGCUGCUGUCCACCGACGGCGUCCUGUGCCCCUUCUCCCUCCUCAACACCAACCCGGGCGCCAAGCAACUGUCCGCCGCACCGGUCGGCCUGGCCCUGGAGGGCGAGAGGCUGCCCUCUGCUGGGUCUGUUGUGGCUCCGCCCCCUGCGGCUGCUGUGGGCGUGGCCUCAGCUGUACGGCCGCCGCCCACCAGCACCCCGACGCCCGCCCCAGCGGCUCCGGCCGCAGCCGCCUCCGCCCCUGCCCCCGCCCCCGCCGCCGCUGCCUCUUUGGGCUUCUCUUUCAACGCCCCGCCCGCCGCCGCCUCCGGCCCCGGGGCCCCCGCCGGGCUCUCCCUGGGGUCCGCCGGGUUCUCCUUCUCCCCUGCCCCGGCCGCCAAACCCGCCGCGGAACCCCCCGCCGCCUCGGCCUUCUCCUUCAGCGCCCCGCCCGCCAAGCCCGCCGCGGAGAGCACGGCCGCCCCCGGCCCCGCCCCCGGCCUCGCCCCCCAGCGCCUCGCCGCCGCCUCCCCCGUCACCGUCUUGAAGGCCCCCGCCGAGCCGGCCACGCCCGCCGUGAAGGUCAACCUGAAUGACAGGUUUUCGGCGGACGAGACGCUCAGUCACCCUCUGCCCAGCACCAGCAAGCCCGCCUCCGCUCCAGGUCAGAGUCUGAGCUUACCUGCUGCAGCUCGAACUGCGCAGUCCAGCUCCGCCCCCUCAGCUGGGAGGACGGCCCCACCCACUCAGGCUCCCGCCGGUACCCCUGCUAGCCAGGCAGCGCUGUCAAUCAAGGCUCUGGAGAGGCAGCUGCAGCAGAGGAAGGAAGUAGAUCCCGUCAUGGUCGGCAUCUUGGAGGAAAUCGCCCACUUCCAGAAGGAGCUGGACGACCUGAAGGCGCGCAGCGACAAGGCCGACUUCAGGGUGGGGACGAGCGAGGAGAUGCAGGGGCUCCGGACGGCGUCCGACGACCUGCACGGCUUCGCCCUGGAGAUCAAGGAGACCACGGAGUCUCUCCAUGGAGAUAUCAGCUCUCUGAAGACCACCCUGCUGGAGGGCUUUGCCGGUGCAGAAGAUGCUAAAUCGCAGAGCGAGCUGAACAAAGAUCGGGGAUACCUGCAGCUUCUGUAUAAGAAACCCCUGGACCCCCGCAGUGAGGACCAGCUCAAGGAGAUACGCCGGCUCUACCAGUACGUGAAGUUCGCGGUGGAGGACGUCAACGACGUGCUGGACUUGGAGUGGGAGAAACAUCUGGAGAAAAAGAAGAAGCAGCGGCACCUGAUCGUGCCGGAGCGGGAGGCCCUGUUCACGGCCCUGUCCAAUCACCUGGACAUCAUCCGCCAGCAGGAGCACAAGCUGGAGGUGCUGGUGAAGACGCUGCAGUCCAUGCGUCUCUACGGCUCCGCCUCCUCCUGGGCCACGCCCACCCGCCCGUCGCCCGCGCCAACGCCCACGCAGCAGGGGUACGAGACCAGAGCAGGACAGACUGUCAGAACAGCACUGGGGUACAGCUUUGGGGAACAGCACUGGGGAACAGCAGUACUAAUUGUCUCAUCUCUUUCAGCCAAGAUGUCUCCCAGCAAGCAGUCUCAGCUGAGGAACUUCCUGUCCAAGAGACAGACCCCUCCGGUCCGCUCCACUGCCCCAGCGAACCUGUCCAGGUCGGCCUUCCUGUCGCCCACGUACUACGAGGACCUGGACGACGUCAGCUCCGCCUCCUCCCUGUCGCAGGCCCUCGACGGCGAAGGCGUGGUCCUGGCGGAGCAGGAGGUGGGGGGGGAGGAGGUGGGGGAGGAGGAGCCGGCCCCGCCCCCCGUCCCCGCCCUGGCCGUGCCGCGACACCCCGCCGUCGUCCGCACCUCCUCCGUCCAGCCCGGAUUCGGGGUGCCCUCCGCCCUCUUCAGCAAAGUGGGCCCCGGCCUGGGGCCCGCCGUCUCCCCCGUUCUGGGCGGUAAGAUCAGCGUCUCCGGGGCGGACAGCACGGCCUUCGCCACGAAGACGGUGAAGCACGGCGCCCCCCCCGCCGAGAGGGCCCCGCCCGCCGCCGUGUCCGCGCAGCAGGCCGCCGCCACCGCCGCCCUCCGCAGGCAGAUGGCCAAUCAGAAGCCAGGUCCGGCGGUCAGCGCCUCCUUGACCGAGUCCACCCUGAAGACCGUGCCCCAGGUGGUGAACGUGCAGGAGCUGAAGGAGAAGGCCCCCCCCAUGCCUGUUUCCACGGUGAACAGCUCUUCGUCCCCCGUGCCCGCCAGUCAAAGUCUGCCGACCAAUCAGGCCAAGCGGAAUUCCACGCAGAGCGCCGUGAAGGUUGCCGCGCCGACCGGCGAGAGCUCCGCCUCCCCGCAGCCCGGCUUCAUGUUCGGUGCAGUCACCUCCAGCUCCGCCCCCUCCCUCCCGGAGCAGACCAGCAAGGCUUUCUCCUUUUCCGCCGCGCCCGCCGGGAGCUUCUCCUUCGCCUCCCUGACCGCCUCGUCCGCCUCCGCCUCCCAGGGGGGCGUGGCCUCGCAAGGCAAAGACGUCGGCCAGCCGAGUAAGUUCUCCUUCGGCAGCGCCGGGGGUGCCAAGAUGGUGUUCGGGGCGCCGGGGGAAACCCCGUUCGCCUUCAACCCGAAAUCGGCGUCCCCCGUGCUGGGGCGGACCAGCACGCCCACGCCCCCGCCCCCGGGCCCGGGCGCGGCCCUGCGGCCGGUGGGCAGCGGGGAGACGCUGGGCAGCUUCUCGGGGCUCCGCGUAGGGCAGGGCGAAGAGGAGCGGCCCCGCCCGGCCAGCGCCGGCUUCGGCUUCGGGCCGCCCGACAACGGGCCGGGGGCGGGGCCGGCCGAGUUCGGCUUCGGCGGGGCCUUCCAGCAGGGGAGGCCGGCCGAGCCUGCCCUGCCCGGGGACGCCGACCCCCCCCUGAGCCUGCCCAAUGCUGCCGCGCCCGCGCCGGGCCCGUCCGCCGGAGUCUUCAGACCGCCGGCGUCUGUCCCGCCGCCUAGCGCCUCCCCCGUCCUGUCCUUCAGCAGCCUGCUCGCGGCCCCGCUGUCCACCUCCGCCACCCCCCCGCCCCCCGCGUCCUCCCCGGCCCCCGCGCCCAGCGAGGACCCCACGCCCCCCCCAGCGGCCUCCGCAGAACCUCCUCCUGCCGCCGAGACUCCGCCCCCGGCCCCGCCCAGCGCCCAGAGCCCCGCCCCUCCCGCCGAGACUCCUCCCCCCGCGGAGGAGAGCGCCCCGGCGUCGGCCCCCCCGCCAGCCGUCGCCACGGAGGCCCCCGCCGCCGCCGCUGCAGCCGACGCCACCGAAAAGCCUCCCACCCCCCCGCCCCGUCCCCUCUCCGGGCCCCUCCCUGUCCCCCCCUCCCCCGUACCCCGCCGCCCCCGUCACCCCUCCCACGAGACGGCCCCCGCCCCUGAACCCGCCGCCGCGCCUGAGCCCCCCGUAUCCACGGCGACGGAGGCAGCGACCGCCGGCGAGGCGGCACCUCCGCUCCAGCCGGGCUCCAUCUUCACCCAGCCGGCGCCGGUCGCCACGGACACCACGCUGGGGAUCUCCGCCCUCACCACGGUCAUCACCACGGCCCGCCCCGCCCCCGCCAGCAGCACCAUUGUCACCACGGCGACCGUGUUCGGAGAGCCCGCCCCCGCCCCCGCCGCCGCCGCCAGCGCCGCGCCCUCCGGGUUCGGGUCCGCCGGGUUCGGGGGGGCGUCGCCGGCCGCCGGUUUCACCACGCCCGCGUUCGGGCAGCCCGGCGGGUUCGGGCAGCCCGCCCCCACCGGGGCCGGCACCUUCAGCUUCAGCCAGUCGGCCUUCGGGUCCGCCCCCGGGUUCGGGCAGCCGGCCCCUCCCCCCGCCGCCGCCGCUGCCGCCUCCGCCCCACCGCCGUCCAGCAGCGCGGGGGGGCUGUUCGGCUCGUCCGGCGCCCCGUCCGCCAGCUCCUUCUCCUUCGGUCACAUGACCACCAGCGCCGGCGGCAGCGCCACCGACGGCAGCGGCGGCGCCGGGCUCUUCGGCCAGGGCGCCACGCCCGCCUUCGGCCAGCAGAGCUCCGCCUUCGGGCAGAGCUCCGUGUUCGGCGGCAACACCACCACCACCUCCUCCAGCGUCGCUUCGAAGCGUAAUGGUGUACCCUUCGGGAGCACCUCCACCCCAUCUGUGUUUGGGCAGCAGGGCACCACCAGCACAGUCUUUGGACAGGCUGGCUCUGGCGGGGCGCUGUUCGGCUCGGGGCCGAGCGGCGCGGCGGGCGGCUCUGCGGGGGCGGGCGGCGGCUUCUUCAGCGGCCUCGGCGGGAAGCCCAGCGAGGACGCGGCCAAUAAGAACCCGUUUGGGUCCACGACCUCCGGCGGCUUCGGGCAAGCCAACCAGACCGGGUCCAGCAGCCUGUUUGGGAACAGCGGGGCCAAGGCCUUCGGGUUCGGGACCGUGCCCGGGCCCGGGACCGCGCCGCCCUCCUUCGGGGAGCCGAAGCCCAGCGGCACCUUCAGCACCGGGGUGGGGAGCGUGGCCGCACAGGGGUUCGGCUCCUUCACCAGCCCGGCCAAAACAGGUGGUUUCGGCAGCGCCCCCGUGUUCGGGAGCCCCCCCGCCUUCGGGGGCUCGCCGUCGUUCGGGGGGGCGUCGGCGUUCGGGGCGGCGCCCUCCUUCAGCACCCCCCUGGCGCCCGCGCCCGCCAAGGUCUUCGGCGAGGGGACGGCGGCCGCCAACGUGGGAGGAUUCGGGUUCGCCUCUGCUUCCAACGCCCCGACCUUCGGCAGCCUGGCCAAUCAGAGCGCCCCGUCGUUCGGCGGCCUGGCCAAUCAGAACGCCCCGUCUUUCGGGAGCCUGGCCCAGCAGGGCCCCGGGUUCGGCAGCCAGAGCAGCGGCUUCCCCGGGUUCGGGUCCCCGGCAGCUUUCUCUGGCGGCGGCUUUGGGUCCACAAAUCAAUCUUCUCAAACGUUCGCCGGUUGGAGAAGCUAGUUAUUGUAUACCCUGUCGGGGGACACAACAGGUGUGACCAGCGGCUCUUCGUCUGCAAUCAAGCUUUUUUUGGGUGGAAGACGUUGGGAGGGGGG